AUGGAGGAGGUAAUGUCAAUGAUCUUCCAAGGAUUGAAACUGGUUAAGGAGCUUGAGUCAAGCUUACCUGGAAAGUCACUAGAAGCUCUAUCGACCUCUCUAGACGAUAUCACAAAGACAUUUGGCGAUGCAAACGAGCGGUUGAAGAUAGCUUUUGAAAUCAGGAACUCGGACACCGCAUUGAACCAACUUAAACCGGUGAUUGUGCCUUGUUCAGACCAGAUGCUAAUGGAAACUGAACCGGGUCUGAUGCAGGAGUAUUUGUUAAGGUGUGGCGGGUCCACGUCAUCUCAGGGAACGGAAGCCAUGACUCAAAGGCAGCUCAUGGCAGUUGAUGGUGAUGGUGGGAGAAAUUUGACGGCUACAGAAAGAUCUAACGGGUUCGGCGACAAUUCUUCCACGCCAAGGCAACGCAGAAGGAAAAACGAAGGAGAAGAACACGUGGUGUUGGUGGCGGCGUUAAGGACAGGAAACACAGUUCGACCACCUGACGAUAGCCAUACUUGGCGUAAAUACGGUCAAAAGGAAAUUCUUGGUUCUGAAUUUCCUAGGUAAAACUUUAAUUAGGAAAUAGUACACAUAAUAACAAAAACUUUAGUAAAUGUUUAUACUAUAUAUUGUAACCAAGAAAUACACAUUUACA